CAUUGCUGCACAGUUUCCAGUUUGCAUUUAAGGAGAAGCAUUCUAACCACAUUUCGACUAUUUUGCCCCUUCAAUUGGCGCAUUUCUGACUCGAAAUCAUGGUAUCCCAUUUGUUCCUCGUUCUCUUAUUGUGUUUCACCAACUUUGCUUUUGGAUCUAACUCAAAAACUCCAUUUGAGCUGGGAUUGAAAGCUAUACUUUCUCCAAGCGCAACUAUUGUACACAGUACUUCAGGAGCACCACGUUGGAGCGAAUUCAAUGCUCCAGUUCCAGGUACUGUUGUCAAUGUUGCCACCGAGAAAGAUGUUCAAGUCACAGUACGUUAUCAACAUCAUGUUUCAGUCAUAAUACUUACAGUAUCCCGCGCCAUCAGGUUCAAUACCUUACCAAGCACAACAUCACUUUUCUAGCGCAGAAUGGUGGCCAUGGAUGGAUUAAUUCGCUCGACUUAUACCAAAACGGUGUUUUGAUCAAUUUGGCUGCCCUUGAUUUUGUAACAUUCAACAGUGAAAAGACAAAGGCUACUAUAGGAGGGGGGGCGAUAGUCGGAGAUGUUAUUGCUGCUGCAUACGCAAAUGACGCUCAAGUGGUUACGGGAAAUUGUAACUGCGUGGGAACGUUGGGGGCUGCUCUCGGGGGCGGCUAUGGUAACUUGAUGGGAAUCCACGGUUUCAGUGUGGACAAUAUCCUUUCGAUGAAAGUGGCUCUCCCCAGCGGAAAGUUUGUUACCAUAACUGCCGCCGAUGAGGAUCUCUUCUGGGCACUACGUGGAGCAGGUCCCAACUUUGGAAUCGUUACUUCCGCUGUAAUGAAAGCAUUUCCUGUACCGCAAGCCGAAAGCAUAGCUUGGUUUGGCGGUUUAUUCUACACGGGAGAUAAAGUCGAAGCUCUUGCCCAGGCUAUUGAAGAUCUGACCCUGACGCCCAAUAUGAGCAUCUUCCAAUACUAUACUACAAGCGGUGCCCCAGACUUUACACCCACCAUUCUUAUCACGCCUUACUACCAUGGCUCGGAGGCCGAGGCAAGAGCAGCUUUCUCCUCAAUUCUCGCCAUUGGACCGUACCUUGAUACGACAUCCAUCCUGCCUUACCCAGAGUGGAAUCUGGGCAGUGAAGGAUUUUGUACUAAAGGUGGACGUAAACCAUCUUAUGGCGCUGGGUUUGACCUACUGGUCCCAAGCGACUGGCGGAAAAUCUGGAACGACUACACCUCUUUCGCGAAAUUGCCCAACGCGGGAAACAGCGUCGUUCUGCUAGAAGUAUACAGUUUGGAGGUAGCGCGGUCCAUCAAAGCUCCUCCGGCCUCCUUUCCUAACCGAGAUAUCCGCUACAAUGCUGUUGUAAUACCCUGGUACAAUAGCAGUAGCAUGGAUACGAUUGCGCAAACCUUUGGAUCAGGCGUGCGAGAUAUCUGGCGCUCGUCUGGCGGGCUAACUACGAACAGAACGUAAGUUCCCUGAAUCUCUGCAGAUGACUGACUUGCAGUGCUAACAUGAAUUAGGUAUGUCAAUUUUGCGUAUGGCGACGAGUCUAAUGAGGUUGUGUAUCAUGAUAGUACUCCUAGGUUACAGCGAUUGAAGGCCAAAUAUGACCCACACAAUAUCUUCAGCCAUUGGUUCAAUAUUAGGUCCGACUGAUUCGCAUAUAUCGUCUGCCAAAACAUAUAUCUGUACACCUUUUACUAGAAGCUGCCCUGUAUGAUAUUUGUAAACAGAUUUUCCAUUCCAC